CUUGCUUAGAUAAAUCUCGGAUGGCCAAGUUAUCCGACAACCACCAAGUUUCCUCGAUGGCUGGUCAUCGCGCCAGCGCCUCCCGAGUGACCAGCACGUACCCUCCGCUUUCUCGACGAACCGCCAAUCCGUCCAACCCCGCGGCAGUAAGGACGCGUUCGUGCUCACGCGAAGACGCGGACCGACGCCGCGGCACGUCGAUGCCGAUUACCGACGCUUCCCCGAGCCUUGCACCCUCGUAAAUGCACCCUCCUGCCCGGCGACUCCGCCUCGCUGUCCACCUGGUAGCCAGGGGGAGGGGAGAAGAAUCUUGCGCAACAAGAACGAUGCAAACGAUUGCACGGGGAGAAGGAAACCUCGAAACCGCUGUCCGUACUCGCGUAGCAAUUAAUUCACCGGUCUUUGCUCGACUGCUCUGUGAAAUAAUCGGCUGUUGUACAUGAUCGUUACGCCGCUCGGAGCUUCCUUGGCCGGUGGAAUACACAGGUGAGAGCGACAACGGAUUUUGGCGUCCUCCUCAUUUUGGUCGUCUGCAUGAAGGACUCGAGUUUCGGGGCCUCGAAAGGAUGAGGCGAUUCGAGGACGGCCAUGCUCAACGACCGCCUCCGUUCAGGGUGCUCGCGGCACCCGAUUACCUGUCACCCACCGCGAUACCGCCACCCCCGCCGCGUGCACCCGAGCCCUACAAGAUCGCGCCCUCUUCCACGUCUUCCUCGAGGGCCCACAGGCGGUCCAGCUUCGUGAUCAUCGCGGACUCGAGGCCCGGCUCGCCCGAGACGAGGAGUCCAUCCCCGACCUUGGCCACCGGCAGAGUCUCCCCUUUUCGAGGACGCGGCUUCAAGGGACCACCCCCUCGCUCCAGAUCCAGGCCGCAGUCACCCGAAAUCGCGGACGGUCGGAGGAGGGGAAGAAACGAACGACGAGUUUCAGUGUCGCAACAGAGCAGCCCGAGAAGAAGCCUGAUCCCUCAGCCGACUCGUCAGCGUUCGACGUCGCUAAGCAAAUCGACGGAGCGGCUCUCCUCGCCCAAGUUGGGGCGGCGCACGGACUCGCGGGGCCGUUUGACGGAUUCGAGGAAUCGUUUGAACGCCUCGGGAAACAGCAGCAGCGUGGCGAGCCUGGCCUCCCGCCGACAAGCCGCGAGGACGCCCAGCAAGCUGUCCCCGAUCCAAGGGACCCCUACGAAACCGGAGAGGACCCCGACCCAGUCGAAACGGGAUCGAUCAGGAGGGAAGGAAUCCGCGCCGGCCAGGCAACAGAAAUUUGCCGUUUCUCCGUCCAGGCACAACGCGUGGAACGCGAAGAAACAGGAGAGGGCACCCGUUUCGGGGGGGAAGACGGGGGGGAGCAAGGAACGAGUGACGUCUCCGUCGAAAAUCCCGCUCAAGACGAAUCGGGUCGGCUCGAAUUCUUCUUCCUCCUCGAACCCGUCCAGGUUCAUCACCAUUUCUAAUCAGCCCAAGGGCAAAAAGGGGGCCGAUAAAGGGGGGUCGAAGGGGGUUGGCGCGAGCGACGAAACGAGCGUGAACGAGUCCGGCCAGGAUGGGGGGAAACGGAGUGAAACGGAGUCUCGAGCCGGCGAGAAAAGCGCCGAGCGGAUCCCCGAUCUGCACUUGAUCGAUCUGUUGAAACAGACAUCCACGGCCACGGGGACGUCGAGCGUGGUGAGCACGACGGCCACCACGGCCGUCCAACCUCUUCACAUCGACGCGAACGCGAUUCUCCUCGACAAAGAUGGGUUGGAAAAGAAAAGUCUGGCCGAAGAGAGGUCGAAGAGCCAGAAGAAUAGCCUUUCCGAGAACAAAUCUUCCAACUCGCCGAACCCCGACGAUUCCAAACAGAUCCAUAAUUCGCAACACGUCGAGGAUCAUCACCACCCCCGUCACGCGAAUUCUCAGAUCUCGAGAUCCAACAGGUCUAACGGUAAUUACGGUCGGGCGAAGGGUGGCGCGGAGGGUAGGAACGAUUCUCCGAUCCCCAACGACAGCAAUCACCAAUCGAAGGGCAACGGUACGGGGCAAUCGGCGAAGAGCAAGGGUAACGGCGCGGCGACGGGGAACGCUGAUUCGACGAUUCAACGUUCGAACAACAAGAUGAGCAACGAUCCGAAGAAUUGCAGGCCUAACGACACCAAGAUGGUGGAGGAAUCCGUCGCGUUUCAACCCGUCGUAUCGAACUCGUCGUCCAAGGCGAGCGAGGUCGAGUCGUCGAAAGAUUCGGCGAGAAAUUCCUCGAGCACGGAGAGGGGAACGGGGGUGGUGAGCGGUGGUUCGGUGAAACAGGAGGAGGCGAGGACGAUUUCGAGGUCGAGCGACAAUUCGGGGACAAGGGUCGCGGCGAACGCACCGGUGAAAAGCACCCCCGUGUCCGACCGUUCCUCCGUAUCCUCGAAGGCGAACAACAACGGGUUGGCGAGCAACGACGCGAACAAAGUGAAGAGCGCGGCGGGGGGCAAGGUCGGGAACGAGGGAAGUGGUACGUCGUUGAAGUCGUCCGGGGGGGUGUCGGUCGAUUCGAUCGAGAGCGUGCGAUCCACGGACACCGGGGUGAGCGUGGACACCGUGAGGGGGGUGUCCUCGCCAAGGGAGAAAACGGGGAUGCACGUGGUGAAACGGGCCCAGGAGAUCGAGACGUUGAGCGGGAACGUGGUGCACCUGGAACAGAACGGCGAACCAGCGGUGCUGGGCGCCGCGAACGGCAUCGGUGAAGGUGUACCCGAGAGGCUUCUUACGCGUUGGAGAAGAUCCCUGAGUCGUUGCUGCGAGUGUUGCCCGAGCAUGAGGUGUCUGGCGUGUCGCACGGACUCGAAGGGCCUCACCUGGCCCGGAAACCACGCAAGGAUCAUGAGGAUCGUGAGCAGGAACGAGCAACUCUCCGCCAGAGAGAACGUUCCUGCUGGCUGUUGGUCUAAAUUCAAGAACAGAUGCAGAUGCAAACGACUGAGGGAGAUGAAAUGUUGCUCAAGAAGAUCGAGAGUCGCGCCUGCCGAGGCAACUGUAUGCUGCCCACCGGAAAGAAGAUUCGGCGCCAUUUGCCGGCGCCUGUUCGACAAUUGCAAAUGCAAGCGGAACGCCGAGGCAGAGCGCGCAAGAAGUAUACGUGCCAAGCACAGUCUUACCAGUGUAGCGCCACCUCCUCUAUCAGAGGAACCGAAAGCUAAGAUACCGGAUGUCUUGGUAGAGCACAACUCCUUAAUGCGUGGCGCUAUUCCCUGUCUACCAGUUCCUCUUGCUUGGUUUUGUCUCGUUUGGAACUUAUUACUGCCUGGCUCUGGUACGGUAUGGAGCGGUUUAUUUAACCUGUGCACCGGCCAGCCAAGAUUCUCAGCGGUGGCUGGGCUGAAAUCGAGACUGGGCGCGUUCGUGGUGAACCUGGUUGUCGGGGUGGGUCAAUUAUUCACCGUUUUAUUCUGCCUGGUUGGGUGGGGCUGGAGCAUCUGGUGGGGCGUCACUUUGGUCCGUUUAGCGAGGAAGUACAAGAGGUUCAAGGCCUCUGAAGCGGCCAGCAACGAUCCGGAAACUGGGGCGAGGGAUGAAGAACCGGCGGCCCUACCCCCAGGUGUACCGAGUCAAGCCCUGAGAGGGAUGGAACGGGUUCGAUAAUGAUGAAACCAACGAACACGAUUCCUCGAUUCUUGCCAGAAAAAAUGAUUUUUAUAUCGUCGGUUAUUAGCGAUUUUUCACUACGUGCCUUCUCGAAAGCUGCGAACAGAGAAUUGGAAACUCUUCGCUUGUUGGACUCGUACGCUAAAAAAGAUCCGUUUGUAAAAGAAAAAAAGAAAAAAGAAAAACAAAGUAGUUUCUUUUCUCCUCGAUCCGUACGAUAUUUUCUACGAAAUUGUAAAGGACCUCGUUCUCUUUUUUCACAAUUUAUAAAAGUAAAAUUCGAGGAACUUUUAUUGUCGAAGAAUAACUUCGUUCUCGAAAGGAGGAUAUUGGAAAAGAAAAAGAAGGAAGAAGAAGAAGAAAAGAAGAGGAAAAAAAAAUAGAAAAGAAAUAUAAAACGAUGGUUAUAAUGGUUCGCGAUCGAGGAACGAAACAAAGUUCUCGGAAAUUAAUCGCUUUCAAUGAAAGCAUAUACCUAUGUGUGGCGUUCUUUCAAAAUGUACUCGUUGCGUCGAACGAAAAUUGUUUCUUUUUUUUUUUUUUUCCAUUCAUUUUCGUUCAUCCUUUAUUUCUGUGCUCACAAAUAUGAUAUAGCUCUUUAGAUUUUUUUUAUAUUUUUUAUUUAUUUAUUAUUCUUUUUUUCUUCUUUUAUUUUAUUUCGAAAUGAGAACGUCUCUCGGCGUUCAAAAUCAAAGAAGAAAGACAAAACGUGUGACCUUUUUUCUUUUUCCUCUCUCUCUCUCUCUCUCUCUCUCUCUCUCUCUCUCCCUCUCUCUUUCUCUCCCUCUCUCUCACUCCCUCGUUCGAAGGUAUUUUUUUUUUUCUUUUAUUUUCAACGUCGAUGGAAUAAAUACGUUUUGAAAAAACGCACUUUAUAUUUUUACAAGCGCAAAAACACAUAUUAUAUGUAUACAUACAUUCAUAUAUUCAACUAUCCGACUUAUUCAACUUACAACUAAAAAUCCUUGUAAAUAUGAAAAUAUAUUACUUACAUCGGUUUUUAAUCUAA